GCCGCGAGCUCUGCGGAGGGCCGGACUAGGCGAGCCCGGGGCGGAGCCGAGGCCCGCGGGGCUCCGGGCCGGCCCGGGGCGGGGCGGGGCUGGGGCCGGCGCUCGCGGCGCCUCUUCCUCAGGUGUUGCGGCGGUUCCACGUCGCCAAGCGGCCCGCGGCUUCCUUGAGCCCAGGCCGCCCUCAGCGUUCCGCGCGCCGGCCCUUCGGCACCCGCGCGGCCAUGGCGGGGCCGGGCCCGGGCCCAGGGGACCCGGACGAGCAGUACGAUUUCCUGUUCAAGCUGGUGCUGGUGGGCGACGCGAGCGUGGGCAAGACGUGCGUGGUGCAGCGCUUCAAGACCGGCGCCUUCUCGGAGCGCCAGGGCAGCACCAUCGGCGUCGACUUCACCAUGAAGACGCUGGAGAUCCAGGGCAAGCGGGUCAAGCUGCAGAUCUGGGACACGGCAGGCCAGGAGCGAUUCCGUACCAUCACCCAGAGCUACUACCGCAGUGCCAAUGGGGCUAUCCUUGCUUAUGACAUCACCAAGAGGAGCUCCUUCCUGUCAGUGCCUCACUGGAUCGAGGAUGUGAGGAAGUACGCGGGUUCCAACAUCGUGCAACUGCUGAUCGGGAACAAGUCAGACCUCAGCGAGCUCCGGGAGGUCCCUCUGGCCGAGGCACAGAGCCUGGCAGAGCACUACGACAUCCUCUGUGCCAUCGAGACAUCUGCCAAGGACUCGAGCAAUGUGGAGGAGGCCUUCGUGCGGGUGGCCACAGAGCUGGUCGUGAGGCAUGGGGGCCCUCUGCUCAGUGAGAAGAGCACUGACCACAUCCAGCUGGAUAGCAAGGACAUCGGAGAGAGCUGGGGCUGUGGGUGCUGACCGGGGUGCAGGGCAGGCAAGCAGGGACCUCCACACCUCCUCUCUUUCUCUGGCCUGCCAAGCCCAGCCCUCCAGAGCUGGCCCUCCAGGGCACCAGCAAUUCUAGAGCAGCAGGAUAAAGUCCUGGAAUUGUCCAUCCCGUGGCCUGGAUGGUUGAUGGGAAAACCCCCCACAAGAAAGGAAGAAACAGGAUAUUUCCUGCGGGAGACCUGUUGGCACAGGGUAGGGUGUGGGGCCCAUCCUGCCAGCCAGUGGCUGUCCCCUUUUCGUUCCUCAUGUUCCAGGACUGGCUCCAGCCCACUGGUGUGGACCACAGCGGGAGAGGGGCCGGGAAUGUGCCUCCCGUGCUCCACAAGUGCUCGUUCUGACUGUUUCACACCUUGAGUGUGCUGCAGCUGUGGCAGCAGGUUGCUGCUUUCCAGGGAUGUGGCUGGUACCCUGGGUUCUUCCAGGUCAUUCCAGAGCCUCUGUGUGUAGCCACAGAGAGCAGAGCAACCAGCCCAACAGACUCGAUUCCUGAGCACAACCCCAUGGAAGCCCUAACUCCUUCCAGGCCAGGGACUUUGUUCCUUUCUUCACUGCCAGCUCUAAGCUCACAGACACCUUGGGGCCCAGCUCGCUGCCUUAUAGCAAGACCUCUCAAGUUUUCUGGUUUUCCAUGUAGCUUCUUGUUUUCAUUGGCACAAGUGUGGCUUCAUGGCCCACAGCCGACUGGGGGCCAUCUACUAGCUUGAGGCCCAAAGUUUUGCCACUCAGGUUGCAAAACCAGCUAAUUCUUCAGCAGCGGCUCUCAGAAGCUCGGGGAGUGGAGGGAAUGAGAUAGGAAUGUGGACAUUUAAGGGAAAAGUUAAAGCUUGCGUCUCUAAGGCUCAGGUCUGAGAGGACCCCCAGGGCGCCCAGGCUUACCCCCUGUGCAGAGAUCCUUCCUGCCGCGUUCAGAGCAGCAGGUCCCCGAAUGCUCCCAGACCAGCUUACAGUUUCCCAAACCAAAAAGGCAAGGCACUAGCUAUGUUGAGUCUGGCCGUUUCAUCCUCCUGGGCCCACCAGCCCCUAAUAACCGGGUGCUGAGGUUAGAAAACAGUGGGGGCUGGGAUCACCUGGCUCUUGGAAGCAGGGCCAAACUCUGGGGUGUAGCUCAGGAUCACAAGGACUGGGAUAGGGGAGGCAGGUGAUUUUCCCAAGCCCAUCCCAGUCCCUCCAUGUCAGCCCAGCCCAGGCCCUUAGGCCCCUCCAGUGUGGGGCCUUAGGAAAUAAACUGCUCUCAGAGCCACAGCUGAGGGUACAUGAUGGAGGGGCAGCCCAGAGCCUCUCAGAGCCAGGCAGCGCCCCAGGCUCAGUCCCAGCCCUGGAGGUGGGCACAGUGCUCCAGCUCAGCCUCACCUUGCCUUCUACUCCAAGCACUUUGGUUUGCGUUGCCCCCUGUCCCAGGCAGGCUUGGCCACAGAGCAAGGAGCCAGACCUUUUGCAGGAGCUCCACAGCAGUCUGGUGAGGCAGGGCCAGGCAGGGACAGGCUGUUUUGGCUGAGAGGGAGACAAGCAGGGCUGACGGCUCCCUUUCAGGGAGAUGGGCAGCCAUGGAAUGGCUGAGCUUGAUUCUGGAGGGGAAGGACAGUGUUGGCCUGGUCCAGCCGGGAGCUGCUCAGCAGGAGCCUGCACUGAGGGAUUCAGCCUGCUGCUAGCUGGGGUGAGGUGGGAGCCGGGAUCAAGAAGGCUGCCUGGCUUCCUUCCUCAGCGGUCUUGCUGAUGGGAUGGGGCCCAGUUGCUGGCAGGGGGAGCUAGGGUCUGCCCAGCUCCUCCACUGCAGUGGCUGGGUUCCAUCUGCAGAGUAGAAAGUGCCUGUCACUGAGGCAUACCCUAAAGAGGGGCCCCAUUCAGGCCAACGGCACAAGUCCUCCAGCCUCAUGACCUCUCUAUGUGGGGCUGACGUUGGGGCAGAGCUGGGCGUUCAACCCAGGCCCGAGCUGGAAGAGAAAGCUCUCGAAGGCUGACCUUGCAGAGACCUGCUCCUGUGGGGCGUCGGGGGACAGAGGGGUCUUGGAACAGAGGCCUGGGCCUGCACCCUGUGAUUGACUUGGAGCCCCAGUUCCAGCCGAGCACAGGGACUGACCCUGCCCCUUGUACCUGCUGCCCCCUCUGCCUCAGGACUGGGGGUGGCCCUCGGCUGCUUCAUAGGGCCUAGGGAAAGAGGGAGGCCCCACCACCCGUCUCUUUCACAAGUUCGCCCUGGGCUGCCAUGAGGGUCCAGCGUAGGCGCAGGAACGGGUAGCUGGCUGGUGACGGGCUCGUUUGUCCCCUUGGACUGUGAACUGUCCCCCUCCUUCUCCCGCCCCUGGGGGAGGAGGCCUGAAACCCUGCAAAGGCUUAACUUAGAAGGGGGAAGGGAGCAGCUGGCUCAGCCUGGGACCAGGAGGUUUCCUCUCACGGGUGGCCUCUUGGCUCACCCAGCAACCAAGGAAACAACACUUCACUUCCUCCCCUUUCACAAUCCCAAGGUGUCAGAAAUACUGGGCCCAGUGGAUCUCCUGUCACUCCAUCCUCCAGGCGCCAGAGCAGUCUCACUCCAGGAGUUUAGCCUAGAAAUCUGGGGCUCAGCUUGGGCUCCUCGCUUUUUCUCACCCUACCGCAGUGCUGGGAUCCCACCUCCACAGUGCCCCCUGCCCUCUGCUCCAGACAGGCCUCAUCUCACCUGGACGCUUCACUGACUUCCUUGGCCCUUGGGCUUUCAGCCUCCACUGCCCCACGCCACCCUCCUGCUACUGUCAGAGUGGCAGUUGUGAAAGGUCACUCUUGGUCCUAUCCACCAACCCCCCUCUUCCACUUUCGCACCUUCCAGGGUGCCCUGGGGCCCUCAGGAUGCAUCCAUACUUGACCCAGAUGUCCAAGGCCUCCACAUCUCCACCCUGGCUUCUCUCCAGCACCUUCUUGUUCCCCGAGGAGCACCCUCUGUCCAAGCCAACCCUUCCUGCUCUCUCCCACAUUAGUGACCUUGCCCUUUCAUUCAUGUCCUUUAGAACCUCACAGAUGGCCCAGCUGGGCUGAAACCCAUUUCCUACAGGCUCCGACAGAGACGCUUCACGGCCUGCAAUCUCAGGCACAAAUGCUCAUGCUCAGGGCCUGGCCUUGAGAGUGGUGGUGACUGCUUGCCAUGUGGGGAACCUGUUCUGUAGUGUCCCGUCAGGUGAGGAGCUCACUACCUCUCUGGGCUUUAGUCCUCUGUCAAGUGGGGCCCUGGACUUGGGUAAGAGAAAACGGGGAAGCACAUGAGGCAGAAAAGAAGGCCCGCCUCUGUUUCCCCUCCCAGCAGCCCAGGGCCUCGGGGGCAGGAGAACAGUUUAGUCUCUUCCUUUGUUUAUAAAUUAUCCGAGAACAGGAGCAGGUGGGGUCAGGGGCCGGGGUGCGGGAGAAAGGGCAGGGGAAGCAGGUCCAGGACCAGUCCAGACAGCCACCAGGCCCAUGGGAGGGUGCUCUGUCUCCUGGGUUAGGCUGAUGUGACGUGGGCCAGAGAACAAGAGGAAGACGCUUUAUACUCCAAGGAGGAGGAGCGGGGCGGGGAGGGACAAGGAUCCUGACUCCUAAGCCAGAGAGGGGGUCCCUGUCCUCCCAGAAGGGGAGUUUUGGCCCCGAGGACACAGGCCCCAGCAGGAAUGGAGCUGGAGGAAGCUCCUAAUUCAUAUUGAAUUCAGUUACUCUCUUCCCCAGGAGGGCUGCCCGGGGGGGGCCUCAGGGACCUGAGCCUCGCUGGCCUGGACUGUUGGGGGGUGGGGGCAGGGAGGGUUGGGAGGGCCUCAGCCAGCCCAAGGAUACCAUUGCAUUUGGGAAUUUUUCACAUUACCUAUUUAUGAAUAUAUAAAUCUUUAUAUCAAAUCUAUUUUUUAAAACAUGGAAAAGUUGCCUUUAUGGAAACUUAGCAGAGCCAGAGUGUACACAUUCCUAAACCAUUAAACAGAUUCUGUAACGAGCCAAUGA